AUGCUCUCCAAAACAUCUAAUCUUACUAAGAGACAAGUUCUUAAGACCUUUUACGCUUAAUAGAGCCUCAGAUCAUUCGCCGCAGCUAACCAAGAAACAUUAGAAAACUUGAAAAAGCUUGGCAUUACAAACAAAAACAUCGUUUAUGACCCAACUGUCUCUGAGCUCUAUGAAUACGCUCUUCUGCCUGAGCAUCUUACCUCAAUCAACCCUCAUGUUACAGCAACCACUAUUGCUGAUUCAGGUGCUCUUUCAGUAUCAUCAGGUCUUAAGACUGGUAGAACUCCAAAGGAUAAGAGAGUAGUCCUUGAUGACACAACUAAAGAUAGUAUUUGGUGGGGUAGUGUCAAUAUUCCCAUUUCUCCCAAGGGAUUCGCUAGAAACAGAAGAAGAGCAAUAGACUUUUUAAACAUCAGACCAAGACUCUUCAUCAUUGACGGAUAUGCCGGCUGGGAUGAGGAAUAUAGAAUGAAAUGCAGGAUUAUUGCCACUAGACCAUAUCACGCUCUCUUCAUGAAGUAGAUGUUGAUCAGAGCCCCAAUUGAGCAACUUAAGAAGGACUUCGCUAAGGGUGCAGAUUUCACAAUUCUGAAUGCUGGAGAAUUCCCAGCUGAUCCAUAAACAGAAGAUGUAACAAGCGAUACAUCUGUGAAUGUCAACUUCACUGACCAUGAAGCUGUCAUUCUUGGAACCUAAUAUGCAGGAGAAAUGAAAAAGGGAGUAUUCGGUAUCAUGCACUAUUACAUGCCAUAGAGAGGAGCCCUAUCUAUGCAUGCUAGUGCCAACGAAGGUGCUAAAGGAGAUACUACUGUUCUUUUUGGUCUUUCAGGAACUGGAAAGACAACAUUGAGCGCUGAUCCCCAUAGAUCAUUGAUUGGUGAUGAUGAGCACGUAUGGACUAACAAAGGUAUUUUCAAUAUCGAAGGAGGAUGCUACGCUAAGUGCGUUGGCCUUACCAGAGAGAAGGAACCUGAGAUCUAUGAUGCAAUUAGACAUGGUGCUAUCUUAGAAAAUAUUAAGUAUUUCCCAGAUCAAGCAAGAUCAGUCAAUUUCGAUGAUAUCUCACUAACUGAGAACACUAGAACUUGCUAUCCACUUGAACACAUUCCAGGCGCUAAGAUCCCAGCCCUUGGAGGUCAUCCAAAGAAUAUCAUUUUCUUGACUUGUGAUGCUAACGGAGUCCUUCCACCAAUCUCAAAACUUACCAAAGAAUAAAUCAUGUAUCAUUUCAUCAGUGGAUACACAGCCAAGGUUGCUGGAACUGAGAUGGGAAUUACUGAGCCUGUUGCCACUUUCUCAGCUUGCUUCGGAGAAGCUUUCUUGCCACUACAUCCUUACAAGUAUGCUAAAAUGCUUGCAGAGAUGGUUGAGAAAUAUCACACAAACGUAUGGCUUAUGAACACUGGCUGGAGUGGUGGUAAAUACGGUGUUGGAAAGAGAAUGAGCUUGAAAAUCUCAAGAGGUAUUCUAGAUCAAAUUCACAAUGGUAGCCUCGAGAAGGCUGAGUAUGAGACCAUGCCAGGUUUCAAUCUUAGAGUGCCUAAAAAAGUUGAAGGAAUCGAUUCAACUAUCUUAAUGCCCAUUAAUACAUGGAAAGAUAAGGCUUAAUAUGCAGAUGAAGCAAAGAAACUUUCACACAAAUUCAUCAAAAAUUUCGAGAAGUAUCACGAUGGUACUCCAUAGGAGGUCAUUCAACAUGGAGGUCCUUCAACAAACUUCUGA